GAAGGAGAAUAAAAAUAAAAUGUGUUCGUCAUUGAGACAAUACGUUACAAAAACAUCAUAAGACACACCGAUUUUCAACAUCAAGCAGCAAAACGAACUGUUUUGCACAUCUAAACAUAGCUGGGCGCGGAUGAAACCGGAAACUACAGGCACCCAGAAAAAAGAGGGAUACCAACAACAUUACCAUCCAUCGGUAGCAGCUUCUUUGCUCUGGUGUUUUAUCUGAACGUCCCUCUGAGACUCUUACAUCUCCUCCCGUCCGCCAAUUAAGUGUGGAAUCUUAAUGCGCCUGAAGCGAAUUAUUCAGCGCCCCCUGCAGGAGAAACGCGGCACAAUUAUUACAUAAUAGCAGACACUCGGAGUCAAGCGGUGUCGGUGACAGACACAAAGGCGAAAGGAAGAACAAACACAUUCCCAAACUACCGAGACGACUGACUAGUUUCUGGAAACAGGUAUCUUAGAAAGCUGACUUCUAAAGCACGGAAAUGUUCCUGUACGUCGUAGGUCUAAUAGUCUUCUACUACGUCUUUCGGUGGUUCCGAGAGCUGGGGCGCGUUCCCGAUAAAUCGGAGAAGUUUGUGUACAUCACGGGCUGUGACACAGGGUUUGGGAAUCUCUUGGCCAAACACCUGGACACGAAGGGUUUCCGCGUCAUCGCUGGCUGCUACACGGAGAAGGGAGAAGACGAGCUGAAGAAGUGCUGCUCUGACAGACUCACAACGCUGCAUUUGGAUGUGACUGAUAAUUCGAGCAUCUUAAAAGCAGCGGAGACCAUUAAAAUCCUGGUGGGAGAGAAGGGUCUAUGGGCCGUGGUCAACAACGCUGGGAUCUCCUUCCCAACUGCUCCCAACGACUGGCUGGAAAUCGAGGACUUCAAACAUAUGAUCAACGUCAAUCUGAUCGGGGUUAUUGACAUCACUCUGAGCGUGUUACCGCUCAUUAAGAGGGCCAAGGGCAGAGUGGUCAAUGUGGCCAGUGUGUUUGGAAGGAUUAGUACUCUGGGAGGAGCGUACUGCAUUACUAAGUAUGGAGUAGAGGCUUUUAAUGACAGUCUGAGGAGGAACAUGGCACCGUUUGGAGUGAAGGUUUUAUGCAUUGAACCUGGCUUCUUCAAAACAAGCGUCACUGACUCGGCCAUCUUUGAGAGCCAUUUGCAGAGACUAUGGGAAAAGCUGCCUCAGGAGGUCAAGGAUGAGUACGGCAGCGAUUUCAUCGACAAAACCAAAGUGGUGGCUAAGGAGAAGAUUGAGAAGAUACUGGACCCAGAUCUGAUGAAGGUGGUCAGCUGCAUGGAGCACGCGGUGGCCGCGGUCCAUCCUCGCUCCAGAUACUCCCCAGGCUGGGACGCCAAGUUCUUCUGGCUGCCUCUCUCCUACAUGCCAAGCUUCGUCUCGGAUGCUUUCGUCCUGAAAAAUACCGUGAAGCCCAAAGUGUCAGUUCUGUAAGCGCAAACGGCCAACUCUCCACGCAGCGUAUGGAUGGAAUAAACCACUUUUCCACUUUCGGGGGGGGGGGGAGCAUGGUUAGCAACGAAGAAAAUGCUAAUUGUCUUAUCCGAACGAAAAUUUUAAAUUUAUAAACAAAUCUAUUUUUCUACAGCGUUUAGAUUGUAGAAAUACAUUUAAUGCUAUUAAAAUGUAUUGUUAAGACUCACACGGACGGUCGCAAAAACUGUAAUCGAAGUGUGUAUUCUCUUAAUGGAUGAAAUAUGGUAUUUCUGAAGAAAACUGUUAGAAAACUAAAUAAAAUGACGACAGUCGAAUAGAAAUGAAAGGUACCGGAAUUAUAGAAUGAAUCGCAUGAAAACCUUAUUGUAGAUUUUUACAAUAUUGAAUAUAAAUAAAACAAUAAAAAAUGUUUUCUGUAA